UUUCAGAAAUUAUGGACUUCAUUCUGAGGACAGCCACCAUAUUUGUCAUUUUUUAUAGCUCUUGCAAUGCCAAGGAAACGGUAACAGUUACUAAAAAAGUUUAUUUCGAUAUUGCUAUCGGUGGUGAAAAGGUUGGAAGAAUAGAAAUAGGUCUGUUUGGUAAUGACGUGCCGAAAACAACAGAAAACUUCCGCGCACUAGCUACUGGCGAAAAGGGUUUCGGUUAUAAAGGGUCCAAAUUUCAUCGUGUAAUCAAAGAUUUCAUGAUACAAGGUGGUGAUUUUACGAGAGGAGAUGGGACUGGUGGCAAAAGUAUAUACGGUGAUCGUUUUGAUGAUGAAAACUUUAAAUUGAAGCAUUACGGUGCUGGUUGGUUGAGUAUGGCUAAUGCAGGAAAAGACACCAAUGGAUCGCAGUUCUUCAUAACUACGGUGCAAACAACAUGGCUAGAUGGUCGUCAUGUUGUGUUUGGAAAAGUUCUAGGAGGUAUGGAUGUUGUUAGAAAAAUUGAACAUACUGCAACGCAUCCAGGGGAUCGUCCGCAACAAGAUGUUGAAAUUAUAGACUGUGGCGAAUUGCCUUUAGCUACUCCGUUUGAUACACUCAAAGAAGCUGUGGCAUGAAAAAUAAGCUGAAAAUUGUAAAUCUUGUUUAGAGUGCCGAGUUCAUAUUACUGCGGAAGUUGAUGCGAGGAGGGGCGGGAUUUAUUUUUUUAAUUGAUUUGAUUUAAAAGGAAAAAUCUUAAUUUUUAGGAAAUUUUAUCAACGUAUUAGCAUGAAUUUCACUGUUGUCUGGCUCAUUUUGUUAUUGACUACUUACUAGAUAUAUUUAUUGAAGAGGAAUUAAUCUCUUUCGAAUAAUGAAGUGGAAACAAAUUAGUUUAAUGAAUUUCGAAAUCUAUGAGCAG